AUGCUACCAUACAUUGCACAAGAGGCUUCAAAUGAAGUAAAGAAAAAUCCAGUAUUAAUGAACUUUGCAUUAUCCACUGAAGUAACAAAGCAAUUGCUUGAUAUAAAUAAGUUCUCAUGUUGGAAAAAACUUGUCAGGAUAAACGGCUGGAUCCAUCGGUUUAUUGGAAAUUGUCGAUUUGAAACGGACUUUCGUAAAAAGGGUGAUAUAGCAGCUGAUAAAUAUCAUGAAAGCAAAAAAGAAAUUUUAGCUAAAGCUCAAAAAGAAAUCUUUAAAGAAGAAUAUAGCAACAUUGAAAAAGGAAAACUGAUAUCGAUAUUAAGCAAAAUCAUUUCUUUAAAUCCUCAAAUUGACGAAGACGGAUUAUUGCGAUCUUGUAGUCGAUUGUAA